UUUCUUUUUUUGAGAGUAGACCAUUUCAAAUUUCAUGUUUCCGAAAGAGUUCACCCAUGGUGACUGUCUGACUGACGUGGUAAGUUCAAAAAGAAAAGGUUUUUUUUUAGAAAUUCAAAAAGAAAAGGUGAGCGGUGUGGUAAGCGCGACUCUGCCAAAGUCUGGCCCAAACCAAACGUACCUGCCUCCGUCCUUUCACAAUAAGCCAAGCCGAAGACGCCUGGCCUCUCACUAGGCACAAACCAUGGCGAUGGCCGGACCGUCCACCGCUCUCCCUCCGCCGCCGCCGGAGAAGGCGGUCGAUGCCCUCCCCGUGGACAGCCUCCGCAACAUUCUCCGUCGCCUCUCCCUCGCCGACCUUCUCCGAGCCGCCCUCGCCUGCCACCGCUGGCGCCGCGUCGCCGCACGCUGCCUCCCCCGCACCGCCCCUCUCCUCGGCCACUUCUUCCACCCCACCGCCACCGGUUUGCCGCCGCCUCUGCACACGGCAUCCAAGGACACCGUCAUCGACGCCCCCGCCAUCUUCGCUCCCCUCGACGCCUCCGCACCGAACCUCUCCCUCGACUUCGCUCCGGAGGCCUCCCGCUACGUGCUCCACGACUGCCACCAAGGCCUCCUGCUUCUCGAACCGCUCGCGUCGCUUCCCAAGGGGAUCCUCCCACGCCUCCUCGUCAUCGACCCGGCCACCCGCCGCCGCGUGCUCCUCCCGCCGCCACCGCGCGACACGGUGCCCGACGACCACCGCUGGCGCAGCUGCAGGCACUACGUCGGCUCCGCACUUCUCUCCCGCGCGCACCAGAGCAAGCUCUGCUUCGAGGUCGUCUCCAUCUCCAUCGACGGCGGGCACCCCCGCGCCUGGGUCGCGUCCGUCGACGACGGCCAGUGCCGCUGGCGCGCGCUCCCGCGGACCACGGACGUGGAGGUCAGUUUCGACCCCUGGUGGUUCGAGUCGCGCUGCGUGCACGCCGCCGGGAAGCUCUACUGGCACAUCUGCAACUCCGGCCGCGUGCUCUCGCUGGACCCUUCCACACUGCACUUCUCUUACCUGCUGGCGCCGAAGGAGAUGCCCAGGUUCGGCAAGUUCCGCAUCGGGGAGACGCCGGACGACGGGCGGCUGUGCAUCGCGACCGUGGAGGACCAGCUGCUGCGGGUCUGGGUGCGUGGGGAGACCAGGUGGAGCGACGAUGGGUGGUAUCUGGAGAGGGAGAUGAAUCUUACCAAGGUGUACGACUCGGUGCCGGGCCUGCCCAAGGACAAGUGCCUCAGGAUCUUCAGUGUUUGGCUCAGCGACAUGGACGGACUGAGAUCCAGUGCCUUUAUCAAGUAAAGUCACGCUGCAACUUUACCCUACUAAUCUCCAUCCAAUCCACAUCCUACGGUUCAGAUCACAAGAGGAAAGGCUCUCAACACUUAGCAGUUUUUAGGGUAGCAGCAAACAUCAA